GGCCGAGAUUUGGGGGCUGGGUUAGGGCACGCAUUUAGCCAUCUGCUCUUCUUCGUUCUUCUUGAUUAACUGGUUAUCUAUCGAAUCAAAUUUUUUUCUUAAAAAGAACCGGUGCUUGACCUGCUAUUCUUAUGGCGCUGCGGGCUUUCUUCAACGAGAUCAAAGGGCUGAAGGUAAGGGAUCUGCCCGAUCAUUUGAAGCCGAAGCUUACGUGGGAGUACAUCAAGAAGACAACCGACCAGGCGGUCGACCGCUACAUCGAGAAGUACAUCGAAACAAGCUCUCCCGAUCCUCUUUUUCAUGUCUGCAUCGGCGGGAUGAUCUUCUCCUACCUGGUUGCGUUGCCGCAUGAGCGUCGCCACCUCGAGCACCAGCAGCAGCACGCCGCGGCAGCUGGACACCACUAAAGUGCACCGUUCACCUGCCCCGAUCUCCCGAAGGUGCGCUUUUGGUCAUCCCUC